UGAUGGGGGCGGAAGAGGCCAAGGUCACCCUGGUACUGGGACCCAGAAUCAGCUGGCGACCAUGGCUGCCUUCUGACCCCGUACCCGGCCGCAGCCUCUUCUUCGCCGCCCCCUCCCCAGCCCCUGGCCCCGGGCCCCCCACUUCUGCCUGCGCUGUGACCCCCCCAGCCGCCGGCACGGCCCCGCCCCCGCUGCCCCGGUGGUGGCCCACGGCCCCCCGGCUGCCCGUGGUCAAACUGGAGUCGCUGAAGCGCUGGAACGAAGAGAGGGGCCUCUGGUGCGAGAAGGGGGUGCAGGUGUUGCUGACCACGGUGGGCGCCUUCGCAGCCUUCGGCCUCAUGACCAUCGCCAUCAGCACGGACUACUGGCUCUACACGCGCGCCUUCAUCUGCAACACCACCAACCUCACGGCCGGCGACGACGGGCCCCACCACCGCGGGGGCAGCGGCUCCUCGGAGAAGAAGGACCCCGGCGGACUCACCCACUCGGGCCUCUGGAGGAUCUGCUGCCUGGAAGGGUUGAAAAGAGGCGUCUGCGUGAAGAUCAACCAUUUCCCGGAGGACACGGACUACGACCAUGACAGCGCAGAGUAUCUGCUCCGAGUCGUCCGGGCCUCCAGUAUCUUCCCCAUCCUCAGCGCCAUCCUGCUGCUGCUCGGGGGCGUGUGCGUGGCGGCCUCCCGGGUCUACAAGUCCAAGAGGAACAUCAUUCUGGGAGCAGGGAUCCUGUUCGUGGCAGCAGGCCUGAGCAACAUCAUCGGCGUGAUCGUGUACAUCUCGGCCAACGCGGGCGAGCCGGGCCCGAAGCGGGACGAGGAGAAGAAGAACCAUUACUCGUACGGCUGGUCCUUCUACUUCGGCGGGCUGUCGUUCAUCCUGGCCGAGGUGAUCGGCGUGCUGGCCGUCAACAUCUACAUCGAGCGCAGCCGCGAGGCGCACUGCCAGUCUCGCUCGGACCUGCUCAAGGCCGGCGGGGGCGCGGGCGGCAGUGGCGGGAGCGGCCCCUCGGCCAUCCUCCGUCUGCCCAGUUACCGCUUCCGCUACCGCCGCCGCUCCCGCUCUAGCUCCCGCUCCAGCGAGCCGUCGCCGUCGCGGGACGCGUCUCCCGGCGGCGCCGGGGGCCCGGGCUUCGCCUCCACGGACAUCUCCAUGUACACGCUCAGCCGCGACCCGUCCAAGGGCAGCGUGGCCGCGGGGCUGGCUAGCGCCGGUGCCGGCGGCGGGGCGUACGGCGGCGCGGCGGGGGGCGCGGGGGGCGGUGGCGGCGGCGGCGGCGGGGCGGGCGCCGAGCGGGACCGCGGGGGGGCGUCCGGCUUCCUCACGCUGCACAACGCCUUCCCCAAGGAGGCGGGCGGCGGCGUCACGGUCACGGUCACCGGGCCGCCCGCCGCGCCUGCGCCCGCCGCGCCCGCGCCCGCCGCGCCAGCCCCCGGGACCCUGGCCAAGGAGGCCGCCGCCUCCAACGGCAACACGCUCAACAGGAAAACCACGCCCGUGUAG